AUGGUGAAGGUUAUCACUUCUUCAUUCUGUGUACAUUUUGUAAAGCAAAACAGCUGUGCGAUUACAAUAUUUUGUGACUUAAAAAAUCCAUUUUACGAUGGAUCAACCUGCAGAUGUAGCUUGCCGGUGGAGGAUGUUCAAGGAGAUGGGAGAUGGAUGAGUUUGCAUGAGCACUAUGUUUACCUCACAAAAGAGGGGGAACCGGAGGUCCUGUUUGUCGGUGAUUCUCUCAUCCAGCAUCUAGAGCAGUCUGAGGUCUGGAAGAACAUGUUCAUCGGUUACCAUUGUCUGAACUUUGGCCUCGGUGGGGACCAGACCCAACACGUGCUAUGGCGGCUUCAGAACGGCGAACUCGAGAAUAUACAACCAAAGGUUGUUGUACUUCUCGUAGGGACCAAUAACCAUGGCCACACAGCAGAGGAGGUAACAAACGGAAUUGAAACGAUCGUUAAACUCAUCGUUGAGAAACAACCACAGGCUCGUGUCAUAGUAAUGGCCAUUCCUCCCAGGGGUCACAUGCACAACAAACUCCGUGAUAAGAACUCUGCCAUCAAUGUUGCCCUCGCGUCGUCUCUACCCGGACUCGGCAAGGCGGAGCUUGUAGACUCAACGAGCGGACUCGUCCAAUCGGACGGGCUCAUUUACCCCACGGACAUGUUCGACUAUCUUCACUUCACCAACGAGGGCUACAAGAAGCUAUGUGAACCGCUUCAAGUCAGACUCGACGAAAUCCUCUCUAAAGUUUGAGGCGGAUCCGACCGAACGUCGUUGUGUUGAACUGUUGCGUGUAAGAAAAACCCCGUCAGCAAAGCGGUAUAACUUGCCAUACAUGUACAUGGAACCAGAGAAAUAGCCCGCUGUUUUUUUGUAGUCAUACUUGUGCACUAAACAUAUCCUGCAAAGUCCUCUACUGGUAU